AUGGCAGCUGCUCAGGUUAUUUCGAACUCUGGUCAUGAUGAUAUGAUUCACGACGCCGGAUUGGACUACUAUGGCCGCAGAUUAGCAACAUGUUCGUCGGAUAAGACAAUAAAGAUUUUCGAGAUCGAGGGGGAGACACAUCGCUUGGUUGAAACGCUGAAAGGACACGAAGGUGCGGUGUGGUGUGUGGCAUGGGCUCACCCUAAGUUUGGCACGAUUCUGGCCUCUUCUUCGUACGAUGGAAAAGUGCUUAUCUGGCGUGAACAACACCAAAAUACGACAUCCCCCGUUGCAGGCAGCACCUGGACAAAGGUUUUCGAUUUCUCCCUCCACACUGCGUCGGUGAACAUGGUGUCCUGGGCUCCACACGAGAGCGGAUGUCUCCUUGCUUGCGCUUCUUCAGACGGGCAUGUGAGUGUCCUCGAGUUCCGCGACAACAGCUGGACUCAUCAGAUCUUCCACGCUCAUGGAAUGGGUGUGAACUCGAUCAGCUGGGCCCCGGCAGCGUCUCCCGGUAGCUUGAUCAGCUCGAACCCUGGUCCAGGUCAGCAGCGGAGAUUCGUUACCGGAGGCAGUGACAAUCUGCUGAAGAUAUGGGAUUACAACCCGGAAAGCAAGACUUACAACCUCAGCCAGACAUUGGAAGGCCAUUCGGACUGGGUCCGUGACGUCGCCUGGUCACCCAGCAUUCUAUCCAAGUCUUAUAUCGCCUCUGCGUCUCAGGAUAAGACUGUGCGGAUCUGGACCUCUGAUGCAUCGAAUCCCGGCCAAUGGACCAGCCAGCAGCUGGAAUUCGACACUGUCCUGUGGCGGGUUAGCUGGAGCCCUAGUGGAAACAUCCUUGCUGUAAGCGGAGGGGACAACAAGGUCAGCUUGUGGAAAGAGAAUUUGAAGGGACAAUGGGAGAAGGUAAAGGACAUUGAGGAGUAG